GAUGUUCAGCUGCUUUCCAGGAAGAAAGCAGAAACACCCUGUGGAUCCAUCCUCUUCAAACCAGUCUUCUCCAUCUUCUUCCUGUCCGCCUGGGAUCCCUGGAAGUUUCUGGUCUGCCAAUUUCAUCUUUCUUGUUUUCUAGUGCUCUUACAUAGUGACUGCCCGCGAUGCGAUCCAGGAGGCUGUGAAUUCAGUAUUGUGCGCUGGUUAGGCCAGGUUUGAGAGGCGCUGUCCAUGUUCGCACCGGGCGAGAGGAAGCCGAGACCUCCGAGACACCCGCGAUGAGCGAGCCCUACGUGAAGAAGCUGUCCACCAUCCUGCUGGACUCCGUCACCGACAAGGACCCCCUGGUGCAGGAGCAGGUAUGCAGCGCCCUGUGUGCCCUUGGGGAGUCGCAGCCAGAGGAGACGCUCAGCGCCUGCGAGGAGCACCUGCGGCAGCACGAAAAGCUGGCGCAUCCUUACCGGACGAUGGUCCUGAGGGCCAUGGAGACGAUCGUGAGCAAUCACAUCAGUGAGCUGGGCAAGGACAUGGCCAGGGCCAUCAUCCUCCUGGCCUCCAGCGAGAUGACCAAGGUGAAGGACCUGGUUUCUGACUGGCAGCAGGCUGCCAGCAGCGUCCUCGUGGCGGUGGGCAAGCGCUUUGUUGGCAUGGUGAUGGAGGAGAUGCUGGGCAAGUUCCAGCCCGGGGUCCUGCCUCACUGCUUCGUGGUGCAGACGUUAGCCAACCUCUCGGUCUUCAAUGUGUUCGGCAUGGUGCCCUUCCUGACGUCUGUUCUGAGCACCAUGCUGCCCAUGCUGGGCAUGGCCAAGCACGAUUCCAUGAGGGUGGUGUUCUGCUGUGCCCUGCAGCGCUUCAGCGAGAGCACCCUUGAGUACUUGGCCAACCUGGACCAAGCCCCAGACCCCACAGUCAGGAAGGACACCUUUGCCUCCGACAUCAGCAGUGCCUAUGACACUCUCUUUCACCACUGGCUGCAGAGCCGCGAAGCCAAACUCCGGCUCGCUGUGGUGGAGGCCCUGGGGCCCAUGAGCCACUUGCUGCCCAGUGAGAAGCUGGAGGAACAGCUCCCCAAGCUCCUGCCCGGAGUCCUUGCCCUCUACAAGAAGCACGCCGAGACCUCCCAUGUGUCCAAGAGCCUGGGCCAGAUCCUCGAGGCGGCAGUGAGCGUGGGCAGCCGCACGCUGGAGGUCCAGCUGGAUUCGCUCCUGGCCGCUCUGCAUGCUCAGAUCUGUGUGCCCGUGGAAACUUCCAGUCCCCUGGUGACGAGCAACCAGAAGGAGGUGCUGCGCUGCUUCACAGUGCUGGCAUGCUGCUCGCCCGAACGCCUGCUGGCCUUCCUGCUGCCCAAGCUGGACACCAGCAAUGAGAGGACCCGCGUGGGCACCCUGCAGGUUCUGAGGCACAUCAUCAACUCAGCCGCUGCUCAAAUGGAAGUUAAGAAGCCCUUCAUCCUCUCCUCCAUGAGGCUUCCCCUUCUGGACCCCAACAGCAAGGUGAAGCGGGCAGUGGUGCAGGUAAUCAGCGCCAUGGCCCACCAUGGCUACUUGGAGCAGCCUGGGGGCGAGGCGAUGCUGGAGUACAUCGUGCAGCAGUGUGCACUGCCCCCCGAAGCCCAGCAUCAGAAGCCCAGCGGGGAGGAGGAGCCCCAGGCGGACAGCGUGCGGGACAUCAGCGUCAGCACCCUCUACCUGGUCAGCACCACCGUGGACAGGAUGAGCGAUGUCCUCUGGCCGCACCUGCUCCAGUUCCUCACCCCCGUGCGCUUCACGGGGGCGCUGACCCCGCUCUGCCGGAGCCUCGUGCACUUGGCCCAGAAGAGGCAGGAGGCAGCGGCUGAGGCCCCGCUCAUCCAGUAUGAAGGCAACGUGACCCUGCCAUCUCCAUACGCCAUAGCCACACGGCUUCUGACCGUGUCUUCCAGCCCCUACCUGGGGGGUGGCCGUGGGGCGGCCUCGCUGUGCCUCCUGAACGUCCUGCAUCGGGACAUCCACCCUUCGCUGGGUCAGCGGUGGGCAACGACCAUCGCCCUGCUGCUGGAGCACCUGGACGAACAUACUGCGAAGACCCUGUCACAGAAGGAAUGGGAGGAAAAGCUGCUGGUGUUCCUUCGGGACAGUCUUGCUGUCGUGUCUGACAACACAUGGAUCUGCCAGCUGAGCCUGGAGAUGUGCAAGCAGCUACCCUGCUACAACGGGAUGCCCCAGGAGAAGAACUUCCUGUACAAAUGUGUGGGGACCACCCUGGGUGCUGCUUCCAGUAAGGACGUGGUGAGGAAACUCCUGCAGGAGCUGCUGGAGACAGCCAGAUACCAGGAGGAGGCCGAGCGCGAGGGCCUGGCCUGUUGCUUUGGGAUCUGUGCCAUCUCCCACCUGGACGACACCCUGGCCCAGCUGGAGGACUUUGUGAGGUCGGAUGUGUUCAGAAAAUCCAUUGGCAUCUUCAACAUUUUUAAGGACCGGAGCGAUAAUGACGUAGACAAAGUGAAGGGCACGCUGAUCCUGUGCUACGGGCACGUGGCGGCGCAGGCCCCCCGUGAGCUGGUGCUGGCCAGGGCCGAGUCCGACAUCCUGCGGAAUAUGUUUCAGUGCUUCAGCACCAAGGUUCUGGGAAUAAAGGUAGAGACCAAGGACCCGGGCCUGCAGCUGUGCCUUGUCCAGAGCGUGUGCAUGGUGUGCCAGGCCAUCUGCAGCAGUGCGCAGGCCGGCUCCUUCCACUUCACGAGAAAGGCAGAGCUGGUGGCCCAGAUGAUGGACUUCAUCAAGGCAGAGCCCCCAGACUCCUUGCGAACACCCAUUCGGAAGAAGGCCAUGCUCGCCUGCACCCACCUGGUCUCCCUGGAGCCUGAGCUGGAAGAGCAGGUGCAGUCGGACCUAAUCCACAGCUGUCUGCACAGCGUCAUGGCUGUGCCGCCCGAGCCCGAGGGGGAGGGUGGUCCCCAGGAGUUCCUAUACCUGGACACCAUGCACGCCCUUGAGGAUCUGCUGAGGAGCAUCCUUCGGCGGAACAUGACCCCCCAGGGCCUGCAGCUCAUGGUGGAGCACCUGAGCCCGUGGAUCAAGUCCCCGCGGGGCUACGAGCGGGUGCGGGCGCUGGGCCUGAGCGCUUGUCUGCUGCAGUUCUUCCUGGAGCACCUGCACGUCAGUGCCCUGGUGCCCUUCCACAACCUGGGCCUCCUCGUCGGCCUCUUCUCCCCACGGUGUGCGGACCUGUGGCCUGCCACCCGCCAGGAGGCCGUGAGCUGUGUCUACUCCCUGCUCUACCUCCAGCUGGGCUACGAGGGCUUCUCCCGUGACUACCGGGACGAUGUGGCCGAGCGGCUCCUCACCCUCAAAGACGGCCUUGUGCACCCCGACCCCGCCAUCCUCUUCCACGCCUGCCACAGCAUCGCUCAGAUCAUCGCGAAGCGCCUCCCGCCCGAUCAGCUCAUCAACCUCUUGCUCACCUUGUUUGAGAGCCUGGGAGACCCCGACAAGAACUGCUCCCGAGCGGCCACGGUCAUGAUCAACUGCCUGCUGAAGGACCGGGGCGGCAUGCUGCUGGAGAAGGUGCCCGAGAUCAUGAGUGUGCUGCGUUCCAGGCUGCAGGAGACCCGCGAGGAGCACGUGCUGCAGUCCGCCCAGCACAGCGUGUAUGUCCUGGCCUCCCAGCACUGCGUGGCCGUGGUGACCAGCCUCCUGGGCAGCCCCCUGCCCUUCGACAGCCACACCUGCUCCCUGUGGCCCCUGGCGGCCACCUGCGCGCUGCACGAGGUCAUGUCUGCUCCGGCGUCUGGGCCUGCGGUGACCGAGCUCUACCCCCAGCUGUUUGCUGGGCUGCUGCUGCGUGUCAGCUGCACGGUGGGCGUCCAGCUGCCCCGGAACCUGCAGGCCAAGGAGCGGAGGGCCAGCAGCUCAGCGCUGGCCUCCAGGACCCUCGAUCCCUGCAGCACUGCAGUGGAUGCUCUGCGGGCCGUGCUGCUGCGGGGCGGCAGCGAGGACGUGGUGCAGCGUGUGGAGCUGGAGGGAGCCUGGGAACUGCUGAGCACCUCCGCAGGGCAUGAGGAUGGAGUGGCCCGGCUAGCCAGUGCCAUGGCAAAGUUUGCAGGCCCCCGGCUGCCCCUGGUGAUGAAGGCGCUGCUGGGCGCACAGAGCAGUGUGUACGAGGCCCAGAGGGUCACCUCCACAGCCUUCCUGGCCGAGCUGCUCACCAGCAAUGUAGUGAAUGACCUGAUGCUCCUGGAGUCGCUGCUGGACAACCUGGCCGCCCGGCAGAAGGACCCGUGUGCCAGUGUGCGGCGGCUGGUGCUCCGCGGCCUGGCCAACCUCGCCUCCGGCUCCCCCGAUAAGGUGCGGGCCCACGGCCCCCAGCUCCUGACAGCCAUGAUCAGCGGGCUGGACGACGGGGACGGCCCGCACAGCCUGGUGGCCCUGGAGGCCAUGGCAGGCCUGGCCAAGCUGCUGGGCCUGGUGGAGCCCGAGGACCUGCGCGCGGUGCUGCUGCACACGGCCAUCCGUAUCCGGCCCUUCUUCGACAGUGAGAAGAUGGAGUUCCGCUCUGUGUCCAUUCGCCUCUUUGGGCACCUCAACAAGGCCUGCCAUGGGUCCUGUGAGGACGUCUUCCUGGAGCAGGUGGUGGGGGGGCUGGUGCCCCUGCUGCUGCAUCUGCGGGACCCCCAGGCCUCUGUGGCUGCUGCCUGCAGGUUUGCCCUGCGCAUGUGCGGCCCCAACCUGGAGUGUGAGGAGCUGGCCGACGUCUUCCAGAAGCACCUGCAGGACGGCCAUGGCCUGCACUUUGGGGAGUUCCUCAAUGCCGCCUGCAAGCACCUGAUGUGCUACUUCCCGGACCUGCUGGGCCGCCUGGUGAGCACCAGCCUGUUCUACUUCAAGAGCAGCUGGGAGGACGUCCGAGCGGCUGCCCCCAUGCUCACAGGGUUCCUGGUGCUGCAUGUGGAGCCCCAGCAGCAGUCGCAGGUGGACCUGGAACAGCUCACUGCCGCCCUGCAGCUCCUACUCAAGGACCCAGCCCCCAAGGUGCGAGUGAAAGCUGCGGAGACUCUGGGCCGCCUGGUGAAGUUCGCCUGAGGCUCCGGCGUGCUGCCCCGACAAGCAGCACCGCCAGGGCUGGCCUGGGCCUCAGAGCGCCUGCCCCGGCCACACGGGACCAAGCAGGGCGGGCAGUCUGUGCACCCCCCGCCCCGCCCCCCGCUUCCAAUAAAGCUGUUCACGCCUCAGCA